CUGUAGUACCCGCGUAGGACACAAAAUCUUAAAUUCAAACAAAAAAUAAAGUUAUGCUCUAUUUGCUCAAAUCUAGAUUCUUCCUGAAAAAAUAGUAGUAAUAUCUUGCACGAUUAUAUUCUCAACAACUUGGUCCAGUUAGUUAGAUCACUACUCAAUUUCUUACGUCUUUCCGUCGUGCCCAACAGCUCCACCGCGGCGGCGACGGUGGUCGGAGCCCCUCUUUGUAUCUCUUUCAGGUAAACAUUGAAUCAGCCAAUGGCAGAACCGACUGGUGCUCCGAGAAAACCUCGGAUUUUACUUGCUGCCAGUGGAAGUGUAGCAUCUAUAAAGUUUGGCAACCUUUGCAGUAGUUUUUCUGACUGGGCUGAAGUAAAAGCUGUUGCGACUACAGCUUCUUUGCAUUUUAUUGAUAGAGCAUCACUACCUAAAGAUGUGACUCUGUAUACGGAUGAUGAUGAAUGGUCUACUUGGUCGAAGAUAGGGGACGGUGUCCUCCACAUUGAGCUCCGCCGGUGGGCUGAUAUCAUGGUAAUAGCUCCAUUAUCAGCAAACACCCUUGGGAAGAUUGCUAAUGGAUUGUGUGACAACCUGCUGACCUGCAUUGUGCGAGCAUGGGACUAUUCCAAACCUCUCUUUGUGGCCCCUGCUAUGAAUACCUACAUGUGGAACAAUGUGUUCACAGAAAAGCAUCUUAUGUCAGUUGACGAACUUGGAAUUUCUCUAAUUCCACCUGUGUCCAAGAGGCUUGCCUGCGGUGAUUUUGGGAAUGGUGCCAUGGCUGAACCGUCACUCAUCUUCUCAACUGUAAGGCUUUUUUUAGAGUCAAAGGCACAGUCAGGUGGUGGUAGUAGUAAUCAGUAAUUACUAAUAAUUUCUUUUAAAUCAAGUGCGAGGGAGACGGACUGGUCCGUUGCUGUUGUACUUUUCCUUGUUUGGAAUUUUAUGUAUCAUGUUUGUAUGUGUUGGGUGUUACCUGUUGAAUUUAGAUAGGUCUUGUGUAAGAUCUAACCUGUCUGAUAGCUUGCUGAGGAAAAGCUGGUUAGGGUUCCUGAUUCUAAAAUGUGUUGGAAGUUUCGCAAAUUUAGCAAGUGUUGUUAUGCUAACUGAUUACUGAAUGUCUGGAUUUACAUCGGUAUUUGAAAGACUACUGAACAGUUUAGUAUGUUACUUGGUUCCCAUA